GACUAAAGUACAAAAAUGCCAACACAUGAAUUAUCAAACUUCAAAGAGGUUGGUGUACAAUACGUAAAGUAUUAUAGGGAAACAUGUACCACUCUAUUUGUCUUGCUAAUAGGAAAAGGUUUGGAACUUUAUUGAUUUGGGGUUUCUAAAACUGCUGCAUAAACAGCUCUUUUUGCUUUUACUGCCAAAUUCGUUCAAUCUUUAUAGCAAAAUGCUCAGCCUGAAUCUUCUUCCAUCCUCAAAUGUCACUUUCUUGAAAGCCAGCAGUAGAUUUCCCAUUAAUGAUUCACUUUUGAAUCAAAAUCUGGUGAACAAAAGACGCCAAAGUCGUACUAAUCUGUUGUGUCCUUCUCUUCUAUUGAACAAAAUCUCUGAUUUCAGUCAAAUCCAUGGCAACCCAUGUCGGAUUCCCUGUUCAAGGUUUGAUUUUUCCAAGUUAUCCGGACACCCUUUUGGGAUUUCUUCAAAGCCCACAUCUCAGAUUGUGAAAUCGGCCUCUGGAAUCCCGCAAGAAGAGAGCCCAGAUGGGGAAAUUGAAGUGGCUAAAGACAACAGCAAGAAUUUGCAACUAGCCAUCAUCUUUGGUCUCUGGUAUAUUCAGAACAUUGUGUUUAAUAUCUACAACAAAAAGGUGCUCAAUGUUUUUUCAUUUCCAUGGCUUCUUGCCUCUUUUCAGCUCCUUUGUGGCUCUAUUUGGAUGUUGAUUCUUUGGGCUAUAAGGCCUAAUACGUGCCCAAAAAUAUCAAAGUCUUUCAUUGUUGCACUUCUUGGACCUGCACUGUUUCACACAAUAGGUCACAUUUCGGCAUGUGUUUCAUUCUCCAAGGUGGCUGUUUCAUUCACACAUGUUAUCAAAUCUGCUGAACCUGUCUUUUCCGUGGUGUUUUCAUCGUUUCUUGGCGAUACAUAUCCUCUUACAGUUUGGCUGUCGAUACUGCCUAUUGUUUUUGGUUGCUCUCUGGCUGCUAUCACUGAAGUUUCCUUCAAUUUUGGUGGCUUAUGGGGUGCUAUGAUAAGCAAUGUCGGGUUUGUUCUACGAAACAUUUACUCAAAGAGGAGUUUACAGAAUUUUAAGGAAGUGAAUGGGUUGAAUUUAUACGGUUGGAUUAGUAUAAUAUCGUUUUUUUAUCUAUUCCCUGUUGCCUGUUUUGUUGAAGGUUCUCAGUGGGUGGCAGGGUAUCAUAAAGCCCUUGAAGCGGUUGGAAAUUCAUCAAAGUUCUACCUAUGGGUUAUCUUGUCUGGAGUGUUUUACCAUCUUUAUAAUCAAUCAUCUUACCAAGCACUUGAUGAUAUUAGUCCACUUACAUUCUCAGUGGGGAAUACAAUGAAGAGAGUGGUGGUGAUUAUUGCUACAGUCUUGGUUUUCAGAAAUCCAGUCAGGCCUCUGAAUGCGCUGGGCUCUGCUAUUGCAAUAUUUGGGACUUUCUUGUACUCUCAAGCAACUGCUAAGAAGCCUAAGAAAGAAGCAUAAUGAGAAGGGAGAAAAAAGGAGAACUACUCAAAGAUGGUGUUUUUAAAAGUUUUUUUUUUCAUUUCUGAAUUGUUUAAUUAGAACAUUUUAGCUUCUGGUUUUCUUAGUUUAAAGCAAAAUUUUGUUAGUGUUAGAAGCCGUUGGAUAAUUAUUUCUAUCCAUUGGGGGAUGGGGACUUGGGUGAGGAGGUGACUGUUGUUGUGAUCAUGAUGCAUCCCUAGGUGUUGGUAUGUUGUGUGUUUUCUAGGAACAUCUCAGCAGGUAACUUCUACCGACAGUGGAAACUGUCUGUUAUCAUUGCUCUUUGGAUUCCUCUCUUCCUUGUUGAAUUAGUUUUGCCUUUGGGUUUAUGCUAUCUGGGGUAAAUUUUUUAUGACAAGCAAGGGAAGACUUUAUAUCUCUAGCUGUUUGCUAUCA